GCAUUGUGUCCAGCUCUUAGCAGUGUUGGCAGGUUGUAACAGGUUGAUUUUUCUACCGAGCUUUUGGGCCUUUUUGCGCUGUUCGAUCGAUUUAGGAACGUAAAAUUUGCCUUUCCGCAUUUCGUGUGCGAAUAAGACGUGAUUAUGUCUUGAUUGUUCAAAAGUGCAAUCCUCUGUGCGAGCCGUGCGCAGCUAAGGCCAUUUCCGCAAGUCACCGGAAGUUGGACAUACGCCAGAAGUCGCGCCACGCAUUUGCCUACAGUGUGAAACGGUCCAGCUAGCGGGGUCAUCAAACAUCACGCGGGGUUUUAUUUUUUUUUUUUGGUGAGAAAGUACCCGACUUUAUUGCGAGCCACACAACCAGACACAUCAUCGACUAGUCUGACAUUCCUACCGUCCAGGCGUGCUCCAGGGAUCUGCAAAGGAAUAAAAAAAACACACGAGACAUAGCGUAUCAGUUCUUGCAAACCCGAUCCACACUUCCGGCCGUGUAAACUUCUAUCAACCCAAUCAAAAUGCCGAAAUCAAUGAACGUGCGCGUCACGACGAUGGACGCGGAGCUGGAGUUCGCGAUCCAGCAGGGCACCACAGGCAAGCAGCUGUUCGACCAGGUCGUGAAGACGAUCGGUCUGCGAGAGGUGUGGUUCUUCGGACUACAGUACACAGACUCGAAGGGUGACAACACGUGGAUUAAGCUGUACAAAAAGGUGAUGAGCCAGGAUGUGCAGAAAGGUGACCCGCUGCUGUUUAAAUUUCGUGCCAAAUUCUAUCCGGAAGACGUGGCCGAGGAGCUGAUCCAAGACAUCACGCUGCGCCUGUUCUACCUGCAGGUGAAGAAUGCGAUCCUUUCGGACGAGAUCUACUGCCCGCCGGAAACGUCCGUCCUACUAGCGUCGUACGCUGUCCAGGCGCGCCACGGUGACUACAACAAGGGCACCCACGUACCCGGCUUCCUGGCCAAGGAUCGUUUGCUCCCGCAACGAGUUAUCGAUCAGCACAAAAUGUCCAAGGACGAGUGGGAAAACUCGAUCACGACCUGGUGGCAGGAGCAUCGUGGUCUGCUGCGCGAGGACGCAAUGAUGGAGUACUUGAAGAUUGCGCAGGAUCUGGAAAUGUACGGCGUAAACUAUUUCGAGAUCCGCAACAAGAAGGGCACGGAGCUGUGGCUCGGCGUGGAUGCGCUCGGUCUUAACAUUUACGAAAAAGAGGAUCGCCUGACGCCUAAGAUUGGUUUCCCGUGGUCGGAAAUUCGCAACAUCUCGUUUAACGAUCGUAAAUUCAUCAUUAAGCCGAUCGACAAGAAGGCGCCCGAUUUCGUCUUUUUCGCGCCGCGUGUCAGGAUCAACAAGCGCAUCCUAGCGCUGUGUAUGGGCAACCACGAGCUGUACAUGCGCCGCCGCAAACCGGACACGAUCGAUGUGCAGCAGAUGAAGGCACAGGCACGCGAUGAGAAGAACGCCAAGCAGCAGGAGCGCGAAAAGCUCCAGCUAGCGCUGGCGGCGCGCGAACGUGCGGAAAAGAAGCAGCAGGAGUACGAGGACCGGCUCCGCUCGAUGCAGGAGGAGAUGGAGCGUAAGCAGGCGAACCUGAGCGAGGCGCAGGACACGAUCCGCCGGCUGCAGGAGCAGCUGAACCAGGUGCAGGCGGCGAAGGAGGAGCUCGAGCAGCGCCAGAACGAGCUGCACGAGAUGAUGCAGCGCCUGGAGGAGACGAAGAACAUGGAGGCGACCGAGCGGGCCAAGCUGGAGGAGGAGAUCCGCGUCAAGCAGCUCGAGAUGCAGAAGAUCCAGGAGGAGGUGACGCUCAAGGAUUCGGAAACGAAGCGUCUGCACGAGGAGGUUGAGGAAGCGAUACGGAAACAGGUAGUUACGUGCAGUAAUGAGGCAGCUGCUGCGUUGCAGGCCGCCACCACCACCCCGAAACACCAUCAUGUGGAGGAGGAGGAAGAGAACGAGGAGGAGCUGAUCAAUGGCGAGAACGGUACGCAAGACUUCUCCAAAGACUUCGACACGGACGAGCACAUUAAGGAUCCGGUAGAGGAAAGACGCACGCUUGCCGAACGUAACGAGCGCCUGCAGGACCAGCUGAAGGCUCUCAAGCAAGACCUCGCCCUGUCGCGUGACGACACGAUGGAAACGCCGAACGAUAAAAUCCAUCGGGAGAACGUGCGCCAGGGACGUGACAAGUACAAGACGCUGCGUGAAAUCCGCAAGGGCAACACCAAGCGUCGCGUGGACCAGUUUGAGAAUAUGUAAAAACAAAACAACAAAACAAACACGAGAAACAGAGGAGAGAGGGUCCGGCUCCACAAAAAACAGUGGGCAAAAUCAAAAAACAAAAGUAUCAGAAGAAGAAAAAGAAGAAGAGAGAGAGAGGUAAAAAAUGAAACAAACAAAAAAAGAAGGAAAACGGCAAAAAUUAAGUAUGAAAGAUUUGUAACGCUCAUAUGAAAGAUUUACACCACCACCCAAAAAAGAAAAAAAACAACCAUAAAAUAUCCUUUUA